AUGGAUCCUGGGUCGAGUCAAGAUUGUGUUCUUCGAGCUGGAAGUCCAACUUCACCCAAAAAUGCUCGUUUUUUGGCUCAGUUGGUGAUAUAGCUUCAAAAGAUGUUCUAGAGUUUAACUCUAAGCCAAUUUAGAUGGAAAUUCAAUGUAAGUUCUUUUUUUUCAUUAUUUUUUGUGUUGAAAAAUCAGACAAAUUUUUAAGAAAUCCUUCAAAAGGUGAACUUUGGAAGUUCAAAAAUAUCCAACAACUUCUGGACCAACUUCAAGUCAAAUUUUUUGCGAUUUUCAAAAUUGCGGGGCUGAUGAUGAAUUCUAGAUAGUAAUCAUCUGCCCCAGUAAUGAAAUUGCAAAAUAUUGUGAGUUUUUUGAAAGGUUUUGGGAUAAUGAAUUUAUUUUUCAAUGUUUCAGAUGUGCCUUCGCUUCCAAAGCUCACACAAUCCACGAGUUUAACUCGAAAUUGCUCGAAAACCGCGAAAGUUAUAGUAAGUUCUUUUUUCAUUAAUUUUUCUGCUGAAAAAUCAGACUCUUUUUUUUCAGAAAUCCUUCAAAAGGUGAACUUUGGAAGUUCAAAAACAUCCAACAACUUCGGGACCAACUUCGAGUUCAAAAAUGUCUCGAUUCCAAGUCGAGCAAUGAUUUAUGAGCAGAAGGAGAUUUGCAAAAUAUCGUGAGUUUUUGAAAAGAUUUUUAGAUGAUGAAUUUAUUUUCCAAUAUUUUAGAUGGAUUAGCUUCAGAAGCUGCUUGAAAAGCUGUCCGAGAGUUCAACUCUCCAACUUUUGCACUCCGCUCGAUUUUUAUGAAAGGAAACUUGAUGUAAGUUCUUUUUUCAUUAAUUUUUGUGCUGAAAAAUCAUACAAAUAUUUCAGAAAUCCUUCAAAAGGUGAACUUUGGAAGUUCAAAAACAUCCAAGAUGCUGCAGCAACUUUUGGACAAAGUCCAAAAAUCCCUGGAUUCCAAGUGGAGCCAAGCUGAUUUUGUUCCUCAAACUGGAACCGAACUUCGCGAUUUUCACAUGUGAGGACAGCUGAUGAAAAUAAAUAAGUAAUUAGAUGUCUUGGCAAGGAAAUUGCAAAAUCUCGUGAGUUUUUUGAAAAGUUUUUUGAGUGAUGAUUAAUUUUCUAAAUUUUUCAGCUAGCUGAACUGUUCAUAGCUUCAAAAGCUUAUUCAAGAGUCCAACUCUCCAAAUUUGCUCAAAACCCGGGAAAUCAAUUGUGAGUUUAUUUUUUCAUUAAUUUUCUUAUCGAAAAAUCAUUGCGAAUUUUCAGGAAUCCUUCAAAAGGUAUUUGGAUUGUUCUAAACAUUCAACAAAGAUGAAUGUAGCUUCAAAAGCUGCCAAGGAGUCCAACUCCAAACCAUCUUUGCUCGAAGUUCCGAUUUGAGAAGAUCAAUAAAUCAUCGAAAUCUUGUGGAUCUUCUUGUGAAUGUAAGUUUUUGGUUUUGUGGGCUCUAUAAAAAUCUAUUUUUUCAGAAUUCCUGUAACUUCUGGCAACAUUUUUUUUAUAUCAACUGGUCACAAUUUCUUUCUAAACAAGAUAUACUUCUUCAACAAAAAUUUGGUCUUCAACAAUUAAAAAAAAAAGGAUUCUGUAAGUAUAAUUUUUUCUGUGUAUUUUUAAUGUUCCCCCAUAUUUUUUUUGGCUGAAAAUCGAAUAGAAAACUCGAAUUCAAAAUUCUCUAGUCCAAUCCCCAGAUUUUCAAAUGAUUUCCACCUCGAAUUUUGGCGCGAAAAUUUCCCGGGAUUUUUUGAGGUUAAAAAAUGGGCCUUUUCACUUGUUAUUUGGGAAUUCUAAGAGUCUAGUCAGAAGCUGGGAAAGGUUGAUGGGGUUUUCCCCGGGGUUUUGGGUGUUUUUCGGGGGAUUUAUUGGGAUUUGGGAAGUGCGGGAAUCUAGUGACUGGCGGGGGGAUUUGUAGGGAAUUUGGGAAGGGGGAGGUUGGUUUUUCUUGGGAUACUUUAGGGAGUAGGAUUUGUGUUUGGUAAGGUAAGUUUAGGUAAGUUUAGGUUUGGGUAGCCUUAAGUAUUAAAUCUAGGGAACUAUUUUUCCAAAAAAAAAAAUCAUUAAAAAAAACUUGCUCCUUGUCUUUGUCCUUGUCCCGUGUUUUUGUCCUUUCACCUUGUUUUUUGUCCUUGUCCCACGUGUUCUUGUCUUGUUUUUCAGAGUAAGUUUUUGCACUGUUUUGCACAUUGGAGCAGGUUUUAUAAUAGAUUUUUUGAGGGAAAAUGGUUUACUAGGUUUUUUAUUGAAUUUUUUUCUACCCAAACCUUUUCUCAUUUUCAGGUUUUCCACAAAUCUGAAAAAUAGAGAAUUCCAGAUUAAUCUUCCAAGCCUUCCUCAAAUUCUCUACUUAUUUUCACAAAAUUCAUUAGAUUUCUCAUAACUCGGUCACUUUAAGUUUUCCAGUUGGAUAUUCAGAAUUUCGGGGAAAUUUCAUUGAUUUUUGCUAGUUGAUGACGAAACUUUUCGAAUUCCCAAAAAGUAGUGAAAUCCCAUAAACUUUUCAAAAUUCCGGGUGAUUUUUGUAAUAUUAUUCGAAGUGAAAGUCAGGCGAAACUGGGGGUUUUUCAGUGUUUUAUAUUCGAGUUUUCUAUCAGUAUUUUCAGCCCCCUUCCCCCAAUUUUCUGUAAUAUUUAUUUUUGUAUAACGAAUUCGUUCGCUUUAUUUUCAUUCUAUUAUUAAAUUUAUAAUAGAAAGCUUGUAUUUUCUUGUUUUUUAUUCAAAAGUUUGAAACUUUUCUAAAUAUCUUAUUUAUUUAUUUAUUUUUAUGAUAUUUCAGAGUUUUUCUUCUCAAUUCAAUGGAUUUUUAAAGGUAUUCUAUGUGUUUUAUGUGUUAUGUUUCACUGCACUUUUAUGUUCUCAACCUAUGGAUUUUCGACUCCGAGAGCACCUUUUUUGUGUUAGGUAUGUGUUAGAAAUGGAGCAACUUCUGGCAACAAUUUGGAGCAUUUUCAACAACUUCAAUGGUCCACAAAAAUUGGAUUAUUCUACACAUUGCUUUGGAUUGGUAUGAUGGACAAAUGAUCAGGUAAGAAUAAUUUACAAAUAUUUUGCUCUAAAAUUAGAAAAUGCCAAUAAAUCAAAAUUUGCAUCUACAGUAACACAUUUGGCCCGAAAAAAAUUUAAAUUCUGAAAUAUCCAAUUUGAAAAUGAUAGAACAUUUAUUUUUCUCGAUUUUCCUCGAAAACCUUGAAAAAACAUUGAUGUUAUCUAUUUGAAAUUGGAAUUUCAUUUGAGAUGCGGAAGCUAUGCCCAAAUUUUGAAUUUUUAAUCAAAAACUUGAUAUUCUGAACGGGACAUUUUUAAACUAGCAUUUCUAAAAGAUUCAAAAAAACAAAAUUGAAUUCUUCAGAAAUCCCACGUAAAACGUGACCCAAUUUUGAAUUUCCUAUUUAUCUCUCACAAUCAGAUUAUUCAUUUUCCAUUUAUGUAUGGGAACACCAAAAAUGGCAAAAAUUGUCUAUUUGUGAGUUAUUUUGGGUACUACCGUAGUUUGGAAUGAGCCCAAUUCUCAAGAUUUUCCGAGAAAAAAUGGUAGAUCAAAAUUAGUUUUUUCAAAAGUUUAUCAUCCAAAAUGAUGACAAAUCGAGGCUUUGAACCUAGACGCUUCAAAAUGUGAAGCUUUUAGGGGGUUUCUGAUGAAAAUUGACCUUGGAAUCCAGUUUUCAGAAGUUUGUGCUACUUUUGCUCCAUGAAGUUCGAUUUGUCAUCAUUUUUGAGUGAAGAACACUAGAAACUAAUUUUGAUCUACCAUGUUUUCUCGAAAUGUUUUGAUUAUUUGUGUGUAUUGAUUUUUCGAGCAUUGGUGGAGAAAACAUUUUUCAUUUUUUAUUCACUAUUUUUCUCAAAAAUUUCGAUUUUUUCAGGAUUUCGAAUCAAUUUGCCGUGACAACGAUGCUCAAAUUCGGUCAAUCAUCAUUUGUGGAAGGUGAGUGCGAUCUUCUUCAGCAAAAUUAUGGCAAAAAACAUUUCAAUUGAAAUUCUGAAAUAUCCUGUUUGAAACUGCUAAAACUUUUAUUUUUCUCGAUUUUCUUUGUGAAAAUCUUGAAAGAUUUUGAUUUUAUCAGUUUCCAAUUGGAAUUUCAGUGGAGAUGCGGAAGCUAUGCCCAAAUUUUGAAUUUUUAAUCUGGCUAGCAGUUUUAUUUUUUUCAAAUUCGCAGCACAAAAAUCUGAGUUUUCAGUGGCAAAUAUUUGGAGUUACAGUAAUCUAAUUCGAAAAAUUAAAGAUUAUUUAAUUUUUCAACAAAACAAAAAAAAUUGAAUUUAGAAUUUUGGCACCAAAUUGUUCCUUAAAAUUCAGAACACACCUGACGAGACGUGUCCAAAAUGGACACUGUACAAAAAAUUUCAGAAACCACACUGUACAUUUUUUUCACGAAAACAGUGUAGUUUUCAUUGAUUUUCAGCCGAUUUUGAUGAAAAUUUUCAAAAAUUCAAAAUUUCACGCUGCACAAUUUUUUUUGCAAAAAUUUCCACGCUGCACAAAAAUUUUGAGACACUCUCUCGUCAGGUGUGAUUCAGAACAAUACAUAAAAAAUAGAAACAAUAAUUCUGAAAAAAAAAUGGUUUUGGCAUUUUCAGCGGAAAAAAAAAUUGUUUAGAUUUACGACAAAUUCUAGAGAACGAAUAUUAUUAUUUUUACGUGACGUGACACGUCAUUGCAUUUUCACAAAAUGUGUGUUUCUCAAGGAAAUCAGUUUUUUUUUUUUGUUUCUCCUUUUUCAAUUGUUAUAUUUUCAGAAUCGGUUCAAGAUUGUCAAAGAAUUGGGCCAAAGUCAGUAGAGCAAUUUUUGGAGCAAUUUUUGAAGAUGAGUUUAAAUUUGGGGAAUUUAUCCAAAUUUUGAUGCACUUUUUUGAAAAAUCAAUUCCAAAACCAGCCCCCAAAUUACAAAAUGGAAAAUGUGCGUUACUUUCUGAGCAAGUACGUUUACCAGUUGUUGAAACCCGCAACUAUUCAAAUUUGAUUCAAAUUUGAGUAGGGAUUUGUCAAAGAAUCCUUUUGGAUAACCGAAAGCUGUAGGAAAGUAACAGUUAUCACGGGUUUUGUACAUUUCUAUCGAGUUUUUUGGGUGGCGAAGUUUUGAAUUGAGAAAUUUAAUUGGGAAUUUUUGGAGGGAAAUUUGGGAAACAUGAAAUUUGGUUCAAAAUUUGAUUAAAUUUCAGCAAGGAUUCAAUCAUUUGGAAAAUUCGAGAAGACAAUUGGAAGUUUUGGUAAGUGAUUACUUGAAAUUCCGAAUUUCUAAGAUUCCUGAAUUUUUGAACAGACAAGUAUUUAUAAUACCAGAAUUAAUGAAAUGACCAUUUUCUAUGAGAAAAACUACCAAUUCUCGGAAGCUAGAGAACUUUAUCACUUUUUUAGAAACCUAAUUUUUUCUGGAUUUUUCUAGUGGAUUAUUGUAGUGUUUGGCAUCAAAAAAGGACUACAGUAAUCUUGAAACAGCAGUCAUAAAAACUAUCAAAUUUUGUUUUCAGAUUGGGUCGCUCUGUCAACUUCAAUUCUCAACGAAAAUUCGGAAAAUAUGGUAGGUGAAAGAAAUAAUAUGAAUUUCUGAAAUAUCCAAUUUGAAGCUGAUCAAGUAUUGAUUUUUCUUGAUUUUCUUUGUAAAAAGAAAAAUAGUUGAUUUUAUCAGUUUGAAAUUGGAAUUUCAGCGGAGAUGCGGAAGCUAUGCCCAAAUUUUGAAUUUUUAGAGAAAAACUUAUAUUUUCUUAUCAAAAAUUCAAUUUUUUAUUCCAGGUAGCCAUACAACAACUGCGCCCCCGUCAAACUAUCCACGUGUUGGCUACGGUAAGUAUUAAUUAUAAAAUAAAAGAGAACUUUCUGGAAUAUCCAAAAAGAAACUAAUAAAAUUCAGAAUUUUCUUGAUUUUCUUUUUUUUAAUUAGAAAAUCUUGAAAAUUCUGCAUUUUAUUAGUUAUUUUUUGGAAUUUCAGCGGAGAUGCGGAAGCUAUGCCCAAAUUUUGAAUUUUUAGAGAAAAACUUAUAUUUUUAAUUACAAAAUUCAAUUUUUUAUUCCAGGUAGCCAUACAACAACUGCGCCCCCGUCAAACUAUCCACGUGUUGGCUACGGUAAGUAUUAAUUAUAAAAUAAAAGAGAACUUCUGAAAUAUCCAAAAAGAAACUAAUAAAAUUCAGAAUUUUCUUGAUUUUCUUUUUUUUAAUUAGAAAAUCUUGAAAAUUCUGCAUUUUAUUAGUUAUUUUUUGGAAUUUCAGCGGAGAUGCGGAAGCUAUGCCCAAAUUUUGAAUUUUUAGAGAAAAACUUAUAUUUUCUUAUCAAAAAUUCAAUUUUUUAUUCCAGGUAGCCAUACAACAACUGCGCCCCCGUCAAACUAUCCACGUGUUGGCUACGGUAAGUAUUAAUUAUAAAAUAAAAGAGAACUUCUGGAAUAUCUAAAAAGAAACUAAUAAAAUUCAGAAUUUUCUUGAUUUUCUUUUUUUUUUAAUUAGAAAAUCUUGAAAAUUCUGGAUUUUAUUAGUUAUUUUUUGGAAUUUCAGCGGAGAUGCGGAAGCUAUGCCCAAAUUUUGAAUUUUUAUAGAAAAACUUAUAUUUUCUUAUCAAAAAUUCAAUUUUUUAUUCCAGGUAGCCAUACAACAACUGCGCCCCCGUCAAACUAUCCACGUGUUGGCUACGGUAAGUAUUAAUUAUAAAAUAAAAGAGAACUUCUGAAAUAUCCAAAAAGAAACUAAUAAAAUUCAGAAUUUUCUUGAUUUUCUUUUUUUUUAAUUAGAAAAUCUUGAAAAUUCUGCAUUUUAUUAGUUAUUUUUUGGAAUUUCAGCGGAGAUGCGGAAGCUAUGCCCAAAUUUUGAAUUUUUAGAGAAAAACUUAUAUUUUUAAUUACAAAAUUCAAUUUUUUAUUCCAGGUAGCCAUACAACAACUGCGCCCCCGUCAAACUAUCCACGUGUUGGCUACGGUAAGUAUUAAUUAUAAAAUAAAAGAGAACUUCUGGAAUAUCUAAAAAGAAACUAAUAAAAUUCAGAAUUUUCUUGAUUUUCUUUUUUCUUCAAUUAGAAAAUCUUGAAAAUUCUGGAUUUUAUUAGUUAUUUUUUGGAAUUUCAGCGGAGAUGCGGAAGCUAUGCCCAAAUUUUGAAUUUUUAGAGAAAAACUUAUAUUUUUAAUUACAAAAUUCAAUUUUUUAUUCCAGGUAGCCAAACAACAACUGCGCCCCCGUCAAACUAUCCACGUGUUGGCUACGGUAAGUAUUAAUUAUAAAAUAAAAGAGAACUUCUGGAAUAUCCAAAAGAAACUAAUAAAAUUCAGAAUUUUCUUGAUUUUCUUUUUUUUUAAUUAGAAAAUCUUGAAAAUUCUGCAUUUUAUUAGUUAUUUUUUGGAAUUUCAGCGGAGAUGCGGAAGCUAUGCCCAAAUUUUGAAUUUUUAGAGAAAAACUUAUAUUUUUAAUUACAAAAUUCAAUUUUUUAUUCCAGGUAGCCAUACAACAACUGCGCCCCCGUCAAACUAUCCACGUGUUGGCUACGGUAAGUAUUAAUUAUAAAAUAAAAGAGAACUUCUGGAAUAUCUAAAAAGAAACUAAUAAAAUUCAGAAUUUUCUUGAUUUUCUUUUUUUUAAUUAGAAAAUCUUGAAAAUUCUGGAUUUUAUUAGUUAUUUUUUGGAAUUUCAGCGGAGAUGCGGAAGCUAUGCCCAAAUUUUGAAUUUUUAGAGAAAAACUUAUAUUUUUAAUUACAAAAUUCAAUUUUUUAUUCCAGGUAGCCAAACAACAACUGCGCCCCCGUCAAACUAUCCACGUGUUGGCUACGGUAAGUAUUAAUUAUAAAAUAAAAGAGAACUUCUGGAAUAUCCAAAAGAAACUAAUAAAAUUCAGAAUUUUCUUGAUUUUCUUUUUUUUUAAUUAGAAAAUCUUGAAAAUUCUGCAUUUUAUUAGUUAUUUUUUGGAAUUUCAGCGGAGAUGCGGAAGCUAUGCCCAAAUUUUGAAUUUUUAGAGAAAAACUUAUAUUUUAAUUACAAAAUUCAAUUUUUUAUUCCAGGUAGCCAUACAACAACUGCGCCCCCGUCAAACUAUCCACGUGUUGGCUACGGUAAGUAUUAAUUAUAAAAUAAAAGAGAACUUCUGGAAUAUCUAAAAAGAAACUAAUAAAAUUCAGAAUUUUCUUGAUUUUCUUUUUUUUUAAUUAGAAAAUCUUGAAAAUUCUGCAUUUUAUUAGUUAUUUUUUGGAAUUUCAGCGGAGAUGCGGAAGCUAUGCCCAAAUUUUGAAUUUUUAUAGAAAAACUUAUAUUUUCUUAUCAAAAAUUCAAUUUUUUAUUCCAGGUAGCCAUACAACAACUGCGCCCCCGUCAAACUAUCCACGUGUUGGCUACGGUAAGUAUUAAUUAUAAAAUAAAAGAGAACUUCUGGAAUAUCUAAAAAGAAACUAAUAAAAUUCAGAAUUUUCUUGAUUUUCUUUUUUUUAAUUAGAAAAUCUUGAAAAUUCUGGAUUUUAUUAGUUAUUUUUUGGAAUUUCAGCGGAGAUGCGGAAGCUAUGGCCAAAUUUUGAAUUUUUAGAGAAAAACUUAUAUUUUCUUAUCAAAAAUUCAAUUUUUUAUUCCAGGUAGCCAUACAACAACUGCGCCCCCGUCAAACUAUCCACGUGUUGGCUACGGUAAGUAUUAAUUAUAAAAUAAAAGAGAACUUCUGGAAUAUCCAAAAAGAAACUAAUAAAAUUCAGAAUUUUCUUGAUUUUCUUUUUUUUUUUUAAUUAGAAAAUCUUGAAAAUUCUGCAUUUUAUUAGUUAUUUUUUGGAAUUUCAGCGGAGAUGCGGAAGCUAUGCCCAAAUUUUGAAUUUUUAGAGAAAAACUUAUAUUUUCUUAUCAAAAAUUCAAUUUUUUAUUCCAGGUAGCCAUACAACAACUGCGCCCCCGUCAAACUAUCCACGUGUUGGCUACGGUAAGUAUUAAUUAUAAAAUAAAAGAGAACUUCUGGAAUAUCCAAAAAGAAACUAAUAAAAUUCAGAAUUUUCUUGAUUUUCUUUUUUUUUAAUUAGAAAAUCUUGAAAAUUCUGCAUUUUAUUAGUUAUUUUUUGGAAUUUCAGCGGAGAUGCGGAAGCUAUGCCCAAAUUUUGAAUUUUUAGAGAAAAACUUAUAUUUUCUUAUCAAAAAUUCAAUUUUUUAUUCCAGGUAGCCAUACAACAACUGCGCCCCCGUCAAACUAUCCACGUGUUGGCUACGGUAAGUAUUAAUUAUAAAAUAAAAGAGAACUUCUGGAAUAUCUAAAAAGAAACUUAUAAAAUUCAGAAUUUUCUUGAUUUUCUUUUUUUUUUCAAUUAGAAAAUCUUGAAAAUUCUGGAUUUUAUUAGUUAUUUUUUGGAAUUUCAGCGGAGAUGCGGAAGCUAUGCCCAAAUUUUGAAUUUUUAAUCAAAAACUUCAAAUUUUCAGAGCGAUUUGGGGCCAAUUUUUCUGGAAUUCCUUCAACUUCGAAGAUUCUGCAACUCCUCCUCGAUUCUUCCAUGA